GUCGGUGCUUCGGGGCAAGUGGCGAGGAAAUGAGAGUGGCUCAAGAGCGCCAAAGUCUGUUCACUCGAACGGGUCAAAAUGUAGACCGAGUACUUUGGUGUAACUCGGGAGCGCUUAAAGGGUGUCAUUUGAAAGCGGUUGGUUGCGGCACCACAGCCCACGUCACAUAACAUAUGCUUUUGACAUUUAUAUAGACACACAAAUAAAUAAAAACAAAUGUGCAGUAGCAGUAGCAAAAUUCGCAGUGUUUACUUAAAAAUUACAAUAACAGCUUGCGGCUACCUCAAACUGAAAUCGCAAGAACAUGGCAAACCGAAUGACAAACAGAUUGGAGGUUUGAUCUUUGACCAACGUUUUUGAAAACCCUGCAAUUAAAAAAUGGAACAGAAAGCGGCUUGUACUAUCGAAAAAAAAAUUCGAUUCAGGCAACCGUCUAAAAUAUUAUUCAGGCAAGAUAGUGUUGUCGAAAGUUUAGGGAACGAUAAUGUUAGUGAAGACAGGAUGGAACAUCUAAAACCUGAAAAAACCCCUUCCCUUAUGUCAUUUCUAAAAGUAGAAGUGACCAGAGACUAUUUCCUUGAAAAUGACGAAGAAAGGUUCAGCGCUGGAAGAGAAAAAUUCUAUUCCUUUAUGAAAAUACCAAAAGAAGUAGAAAAGUUUAUGCUAUAUGGAGUUAUGCAUUGUGUAGACAGUUUUUUGUUUAUCUACACAUUUUUACCUUUAAGAGUUUUAUUGGGUUUAUGGGCUUUAAUCACCAGGCCAUUUUCGAAAUGUUUUGGUGUCAACAGUAAAAAUAAACGGCUCCUAUCAUCAGCUGAAAUCUGUGAUUUACUUAAAGCUACAAUUCUAGUGGUUUGCACAAUGGUAUUGUGGUUGGUUGACACUAAUAUGCUUUAUCACAUGAUAAAAAGCCAGUCAGUGAUAAAACUGUACAUAUUUUACAAUAUGUUGGAUAUUGGCGAUAAGCUGUUAAUUUCUUUGGGGCAAGAUAUGAUUGAUGCGUUAUUAUGGACAGCUACUGAACCUAAGGAUAGGAAACGAGAACAUUUAGGUGUUAUACCUCAUUUGAUUCUUGCUAUUAUUUAUGUCAUCAUGCAUAGUUUGUUGAUACUGUUUCAAGCAACAACGCUUAAUGUUGCUAUUAAUGCUAAUAAUAGUACCUUAUUGACCGUAAUGAUGUCGAAUAAUUUUGUAGAAAUAAAAGGCAGUGUAUUCAAGAAGUUCGACAAAAAUAAUUUGUUUCAAGUUACCUGUAGUGAUGUAAGGGAAAGAUUCCAUUUAGUAAUUUUACUAUUUAUUGUGUUGCUACAAACAAUGAAAGAGUACAUGUGGAAGACUGACGUUUUCUGGCAACUUAUGAGAGAUUCCAUGACGGUACUUUUUACUGAAUUUUUAGUCGAUUGGAUUAAACAUGCCUUCAUAACCCGAUUCAACGAACUUCACAUUGAUGUCUACAAAGACUACCGCACGAGUUUGGCAUACGAUUUAUCCCAAAAACAACAAAAACAUGCAUUUUCUGGACAUUCCGAUUUAGUGGCAAGACGAAUGGGAUUUAUUACAAUUCCAUUAGGUGUAGUUGUUGCUAGAGUAUUGCUUACAUCCAUUAAUUUAUAUAAUAUUCCUGCAGUAAUUAUAUUUUUUAUUGGAUAUCUGUGUUUGUGGUCUACGAAAAUCUUGAAUAGUAUCCUUAUUUUUGGGAAAGCUUGCAGCAUUAUAGCUCAACAUAAAUUAGACCGCACAUCACAGAAUAGUCCAGUGAAUCAAUCGGAAUCAAAAGAUAAAUUUAGAAGUAUAGCAACAAGUCCCCAGCAUCCCAUUAGUGAACAACCAAAAAAGGUUUUAUUUAAUAAUGGAUUUUCUUCGAUAGAUGUAAUACCAAAUGAACUUGAUAUCAACGAUCUAGGAGCCUCUGUUAUUUUUGCUAAUAGCACUGUAGACUUGAAAGAUGCAAGUUUGAAUGAGGAAUUGUUAAAUGGCGAUGAUAUUAUUAGAAUUGAGCAAGUCGCUGAUGAAAUAUUGACUCGUAGUGUGCCGGAUUUUAAAAAAGAAUUGAACGACGAAGAUUUGAAUUGUGUGAAAACAGAAUUGGAGGGUUUGAAGAAAAGUGAGAGUGAACCAAAUUUGAUAAAUUUGUCUGAAAAUCAAAAUAAGGAACUAUAAACGUUUUCAUGCCUGGUAUUUUUGUGAAAAAAAAAAAAUAUUUAAGAAUAAAUAUGUGAUACUAUUUCAUGAGGACUCUCUUGCAUUAAUAUAUUUUUUUUUUAUUUGAAAUUUAUACAAUAUAGGAAAAGGAUGCAUAUAAAAACGGUAUGUGAAUUAGGUUGUCUUUUGUUUGCCAACACUUUAGGUAUGUUCCAAUAAAAACCAGAAACCCGGAGAUAUUUUCUGUAAUUCUUAGCAAGCAACCAACUCCCUCAAACCCAGUUUAUAUUUUUUGUUGCAAUAAUUUUGUUUAACAGUGAUUCCCAUAGAUCCGCUGCCUAUUGUUGAAUUUUAUUUAUUUAUUAAAAUUUUAAAUGUGCGUUAUUGUGUUGUAUAUAUUUUUAUACAAUUUAUAAGGAUUUUUGUAAUAUAUUAAAUUAAGAAAACAUUUUUGUUUUUACUUCAACCCAUUUAUAUUCAAGACAAACCUACAUUGUUGAAUUAAAGGUAACACCUCAAUUUUAUAUACAGAAUUAGUAAUGCCAUGCGUGAUUUUUAGUAUGUCUGAUGCUUUUCUCAAAUGAUAUAUUCCUUCUUUGGUUCUGUUUUUGAAUAAUAAUAAUUUGCACAGUUUUAAGUGCAACAAGCCUGUUAAUGGAUGUAUUGUUGGAUAAUAUUUCCUGUAAAAAAAAAAUGUUUUAUCAAAAUAAUGUCGGGUUUAUUCAUCUUCAGAUAAACUUGCUGGUAUAACAAGACAAAUAUUAUCCAAACUAUCGGGCUGACCAAUAGGAUCGCAUAUUUCAGGUUCCAUUGCCUGUCAGUUUAUCAGAGGGUGAAUAAAUCAGACCAAUAAUUAGACUUACUGGUAACUAUCGAUGAGUUCCAACCCAUACUCCAAGGCACUAUCAAAAUCUUCCAAAUCUAUAGCGCUUUCAAAUGCUAAAUCCAAAGUUUUGAUACGUCUCAAAUGGUAUUUGUACAAAACAUUUUUUUGUUUGGCCAAGCAAACCUUACAAACAUCCAGAUCUAAGGAAAGUAUUAAGAAAAAAAUAGUAAUUCCAAUUAUGUGUAAAUAUAAAGCUCCAAAAGGAUACAAGUAUUAUUCUUCAUAUUACUUAUAUGCAUCUCAGUGAUUUCCACAACCUUUUUAAAUUCAUUUAUGAAUUCUUGUGUUGCUACAGUAUUACAUUUGGCACAUACAGACUCGUUAUCACUUAUUCCUAUAUAAUUAUCACAACAUUUAUUUGGGCAUUGGGCACCAAAAAUUUCAACUAGAUUUUCUGGUGCCAAACAUUUGGGACAUUCGCACAAAAAAUAAUAGGUUUCUAAUAAGUCUUUUCGUCUUUCUUCCGUUGUUGCCAUAACAUCUAUGUAACUUAUUCUAACCUUAAGCAUUUUUCAAUAAUAUUAAUCACAAUUUACUGAAAAAAAAUCUUACUUUGGACCAAUCCAAUUCAGGCAGUGUCUCUAGAGUUCUUAAAAUUAACGUGGUCCCUUCAAAGGUAGCCAAUGCGUUUGGUUGGCAGGAAUGAUCAAUAAUAGAGGCCGCUAAAUAAAUGCCUACACCCAAACUUUGUUGUUCUUGAUUGCAAAUAUUGAAACUAUUGACGCA